GGCAAGGUGUACGGCAAGCCCGCGGCGAGCAGCAGGACCAACAAGCACCCGUUGCACGGCUUGCGCUUCCCGAAGGACCCGCCGUCCGCCGCGGACGACGUGACCCAAGUGAUGGUCAAGCCCUUCUUCCCGCCAGAUACGUGCGUCUGGCGCUCCAACGGCGAGGGCGCCUGGUUGUUCAACCAGCCGUCCAUUAAGAAACGGGGCAGGCGCACGCGGGCGCAGCACGGGGGGUCGUCUCAGAAGGCCGUCCGCGCGUGCAUGGUUGAGGCAUGGGCAAAUUUUCUCGAGGAGCUCCAGAAGGAGAACCGCCUGCGCGUGGCCGACGCGUGGGACUACGGCCAGGUCGUCGUGCGCGGCCCGUCGUGGGACAGCGGCGGCCACGACUCGUUCGACGGCGGCAGUGGCGCCUCGGGCUACACCAUCCCACCGUCGGAGGAGCAGAUUCAGGAGUGGCUCAAGGUCAUGCUGUUCGGACAUGCUGAGGGGAUCAGCGAGAAGUGCAACAUGACUGGUUGGCACAUGCAGCACCAUUGGAUCAACCGCAGCAUCGUGGCGGAGUUCCCCGCAGGGUGCGGCCAGAAGGUCUUCAAGGCUGGUGAUGGCCACCGCUUCGAGCUGAGCGUCGUCGAUGGCUUCUCGUUGCAGUCGGACGUCGAUCGGUUCUGUUCGCUGCACACUACCAUGAUGCAUGUGCGCAAGUCCUUCACCGAUUGGCUGCCGACGUACGUGAUCGCCCACAACAUUCAGCAUGAGAACUACAACCGCAUCCGCGAGCUCGAGGAGGCGAGCAUCCAGUGGAUCAAGGAUGGCAUGCAGCAGAAGCUGAACGAGCGGAUCCA